UUCGUUUAUCAUGUUUUUUUUUUCAUUCAGUUUUGUGGUGCGGAGUAUUAAGAGCGGUUGAUCGGCGGUUCGUUAAAGAAAUAGAGUUUGUCCAUGAAAAACAGUUGUUAAAUUCCAAUUUUUUUUUAAUUCUUUCUUUUUAAUUAUAACGACACAAAACCUAAACAAACAGCAACAAAAUGAGUGACGAUAAUAACGAUAACAAUCAACAGAAUGGCACAUCAUCAAAUUCAAAUACACCGCCACCAACAGCCAACAAUGUACCCGCCAAAAUGAUCGAACACUUUAAGGGCCACAAAGUUGACGUGUCCAUGUGGCUGAUACGUAUUUUGGCCAUCAUCUUUGCGGUCUUCUAUGUCCUGCCCAUCUUUGGCACCAAACAGAGUGCCUUCAAUAAAGUUCUACUCUCAAAUGCAGCUAUCUCAGCGUUACGUUUGCAUCAACGUCUGCCCUCCUUUACGUUUUCACGUGAAUUCUUGGCUCGAUUAUUUGUCGAAGAUUCCUGUCAUUAUUUCAUGUAUUCGCUGAUAUUCUUGAAUGUGCAGCCAACAUUGUUGAUCCUGGCGCCAAUUGUAUUGUUUGCCAUUCUGCAUGCUUCGAGUUAUUCACUGAAAUUGUUGGAUAUUAUUGGACAAAACUCCUGGUGGGGUGCCCGUUUCCUUAUUUCCUUGGUUGAAUUCCAAGCUGGCAAUAUCUUGAAGGCUGCUUCCUUCUCGGAAAUCUUCAUCAUGCCUUUGGCUGUAGUCAUGACAUUCAUGGGUAGAGCUGGUCUUAUGACACCCAUUAUGUAUUAUCAUUUCCUCGUUAUGCGUUACAGUUCUCGUCGCAAUCCCUAUACCAGAAAUGCAUUCGCCGAAUUGCGCAUGACCGCCGAAGCUUUGGCAGCUCGCUCCCCAAGCAUAGUGGGGAAAGUUGUGCACACGGCCAUUGCAUUUAUUAGCCGUUUGGCACCAGCACCUCAAGCUGUUCCAACACAACAAUAAUACAAAGAACAACAGCAGUAGCAACAACAACAACAAAAGCAAUUCAAGCGAUGAAGAAUUGUUUGAACACCAAAACAAUAAUAAAGAAACAAAAAAUACCAGAGCCUUUCAAGGGUUUCUUUAGCUCUUUUUUGUACUACAUACCUACAUACGUUUGUCGGAAUUUCUUAACAAAGAAAUUGGAAACAAAAAAGAAGCAGUGAAAAGGACUUUAUAUUUAAAUUUCUAAUAAUAUUUCAUGUUGUGGGGUCUAUAUACAUUUUUUGUGUUAUUUUAUAUUGUGUAUGUGUAUUGAAAAUGUUUAGUCUAAGCUAAAUUUAUUUCAAUAUUUUCUCCCCACUCCCACUACCGCCACCUCACCACAGCCCUUUGACCUCAAAAGUCGAACAAGAAACACAUACACUCCAUACCCAUAUUUUUGUGGAGCAAAAUGCUUCGAUUAUCACUUGAAAUUAUUUAUUAUUAUUACUUUUUCAUACAAAGUUUGGUUAAUUUUAGUCUUUUGUUGUAAUAUUCUUACCCACCCUAUUUUCCCCUAUUAAGGCAUUACUGCUAUCGUUAAAGGUAUUAUUGACAAUUUUUCUAUCUAUAUUUCAUAGCCUUAUUCUUCUGUUGCUUAGUUUAAUUUUAAAUCACAUUUUGUUUUCUUUUUCUAUAGAAAUCUUUCAAUUCGAAACUUGAAUUUCCAUUAUAAUUUCAAACAAAAUCUAAAGAGAGAUGAAUGUGAAUAUGAAUAAAUUAUUGACUUUUAUUAUUAAAAUAGAAAAACAAAAAUAAAGGAGAAAAAAUAUGUCAUGGGAA